AGCCCAGUGGAUGUCUGAACUGUCCGCAGCUCCAGCAUUGCAGCUGCACUCAUGCGGCAGUUUGCCCAGAGACCAGUCCGGCCAAUUUCACAAUGACAGCUCAGCAUCCUGCCCACUGUUGCCGGGAGUGUGAAUCAUUCUUUCCUCACAAGCUCUUUUGUGAGAGGGAGGAGUGUUUGGCAGCAAGUUGUCUCUUUCCAACAGCAGGGAGGGCAGUGAAUCAACAGUGUGGGGCCGAGUUUGUUCUAAAAGGAAAAUGGCGAAGAUCCAGGAUUUAUUGUCUGAAGUGCUUCUGGCGGGUGAUGAGGUUGUUAGUGGAGCCACAGUGCAGCCGCAAGCUAACUUCAACGCUGAUGCCGAUGCUGUAUUGCUGAUUCGUGCAGUUGAAACCAAAGGCAUUGACGAGCACACCAUCAUCGACAUACUGACCCAGAGGAGCAACGCACAGAGGCAGGAUAUCGCCUUCGCCUUCGAAAAGAGAUCAAAGAAGAAGAUGGAAGAUGUUCUGAAUGGGGCCCUCAAGGACCCGCUGAAGGCAGUCAUCCUCGGUCUGAUGAAAACCCCAGCCGAAUAUGACGCUCUGGAGAUGAAGAAAGCAAUGAAGGGGCUGGGAACAACUGAAGUCACUCUGAUUGAGAUACUGUGCUCCCGUUCAAACAAGGAGAUCGCAGAGAUGAAGAAGGCUUACCAAGAAGUUCACAAGAAAAACAUGAUAAAGGAUAUCAAAGAAGACACUUCGGGAGACUUCAGUAAGCUUCUAUGUGUUUUGGCCGAGGGUACCCGUCCAGAACCAACCAAUGUGGAGGAUCAUGAACUGAUUGACUCCGACGCUAAGGCACUCGAUGAAGCUGCAAAGCAAAAGAAAGGAAUGGACACUGCGAAGUGGAUCAGCAUAUUGACCGAGAGGAGUGUUCCCCACUUGAGAAAAGUUUUCCAGCGAUACAAUGUCUACAGUCCCAAAAAUAUCAGUGAAAGCAUCAAAAGCGACAUCUCAAAAGAUCUGAGGUGUAAUCUUUUGGCCCUGGUGCAGUGCAUCCAGAGCACCCCCGAGUUCUUUGCUGACAAGUUGUCUCCGAUCGUAAAGAAUGACCUGAAGCGGGAUAUAUUAACGAGGAUCAUGGUGUCACGUUGUGAGAUUGACCUUCUACCAAUCAGGAAAGAAUUCAAGAAGAAAACUGGCAAAUCUCUGUACCAGUGUAUAAAGGCUGCGUACAAGGAUGACUACGAACGGGUUCUGCUGGCUCUCUGCGGAGGCGACGACUAAAUGCAACGUCCGGGAGGGAUUCCACUGCAGUAUCACCCUCCUCUCAUUCCUGAUGCGGGGCGACUGGAUAUAGGUUGAACCACUUAACCUACACACACAAAGUGCUGGGGAGACUCAGCAGGUCAGGCGGCAUCUGUGGAGGAGAAUAAACAGCUGACGUUUCAACUGACACUUUUCAUCAGGACUAAGGGCUGUGAUGAAGGAUCAUGGCCUGAAACAUCGACUGUUUAUUCCCUUCCAUGGUUGCUGCCUGACUUGCUCAGUUCCUCCUGCAUUUUGUUUUUGUUGCUCAAGAUUUCCAGCAUUUGUAGAAUCUCUUGUGUUUUUGAAACACUUAACUCUCCUUAUUUUGCUGUGUAGCCACAAAAUUUUCCAACAGUGUGUUACCAUGCGACUGUAACAGAAAAUUCUUUGUAGUCAGUCAAUAAAGAUUUUAAAAUACC